AUGACCGUCACGAUCCCCGCCCCUACCCUGGCCGUUAACCAGACCCCUAACGACUUCACUCUGGAGACGUACGAGCGCACCGCCGCGCUGUACAUUGACAAGUCUCGCAAACCCGAGGCCACUCCCGCGCUCACCGAGUUCGCCGCGUCCAUUAAGAAGGCCGGCAGUGGCACGCGCGUACUUGAGAUCGGCUCCGGGUCCGGCGACCAGGCCGACCAGCUCGCCGCGCUGGGCCUGAGCGUCACGCGCUCCGACGCCGCCCAGGCCUUUAUCGACCUGCUCGAGGCCCGCGGGGUAACGGCGCAGAAGCUAAACGUCGUCGCCGACGACCUGGGUACUUCCUGGGACGGCAUCUACGCCAACGCGGUGUUUGUCCACCUCGACCGCGCGCAGUUUGCUGCCGUCCUCCAUCGGUCCGUCGCCGCGCUCAAGGUUGGCGGCACCCUCGCGUUCACGCUCACCAAGGGCGAGGGUGAGGCGUGGUCCGAGGUCAAGGUCGAUGCCCCCCGCUUCUUCUGUCUCUGGACCUAG